UCCAUUAUUUUUUGCUCGGAAUCUGUAAGAAAAAAACAGUGGUAAACUGAGAAUUUUGGGAUUACAUUUGUCGUAAUGGUUGUCGGUAUACAUUUGAGCACCAGAUGGUUUAGCAGAGCAAAGGCCAGAGAAACGGCUGGAUAAUUACGCACCGGGAUCGGGACAUCCUUCAGUCUUGCUGGGACACUACAGAAACAAGCUCUCCAUCUUCAUCCAAGACCCUACUCUGAUGUGACCUGAACAAAUAAAUCUGAAGAAGACAACCUCUCAGCUGAGCUGAGGAAAGUCCAAGGGUUUUGGCAUCAAGUCAGGUUUAACUGGCAGUGCUUCUCACCCACCAGCAUGUACUUUGGAUGGAGGAUAUCAUAGCCAAAACAGAUCUUGGCUUCCUAAAGAUGACAUGGUGCUGGCAGGCCACAGCUAAAAAAUGAUGGGCGGCAGUGAGACUGUAAGUGGGGACAAAGAUGGGGUCCACACCACUGCAAUACAAGUCCCCAUUGGCUGGCAGAGGAGACUGGAUGGUGGACAGGUGAUUUACAUCAGCCCUAGUGGUACUGCCCUAGCUUCCCUUGAUGAGGUCAAGACCUAUCUGUUGACUGAUGGCACCUGCAAAUGUGGUUUAGAAUGUCCACUCAUCAUUCACAAGGUUUUCAACUUCACUGUGGGAGUGAGGGUAGAGCAGCACAGCCAGGCUUUAGGCAAAGCAGAGCAGGACAUGACCAAACUAUGUAAUCACCGCAGGAAAGUAGUGGCGAUGGCUGCUCUUUGUCGAAGUAUGCAAGCCUCACAUCUACCCUAUGCCAAUCUUCAUCUUCCAGAGUUGAGCAGUGAAAUGGACACCCGAGAUCCAAAGCCAGUACACUUAGAGCGGGAUGAAGAGGAGCAUGGAAAUUACUAUCACAAACACCAUCCUGUCCAUCCUCGCUCCAUCAGCAACCUCUACUAUAACCCCACAGCCAGCUCUAAGUCCCAACACCAGCUUAUUUACCCUUACAAUGGUUCUUCCCCUGUCCUUCACACAGGCACAAACUCUAACCAUCCCCUAGAGGCUUUAAGAAGGCUUCACCAUCCUCCUUCAAUCUCUGCCUCUUCCAGCUCUUCCCCAAGCUAUUCAUUCUCUACUCACAGUGCUGCUCAGAGGUCAUCCCACACCUACACUCCUCAAAAUGUCAGUCAAGGUCAAAGAACGCCCAAAACUCCUGAAACUCCAGCCUCUCCUUUGAUAGGACGCCUCUCCUCACCCCCUCCCUCGUCUCCUGUCACCAUGGGCGGAGGAAGAGGAGUACAGACUCACACUUUAAAUUCUCAUGGAGUUAUUGUGGGAGGUUCUCCAUUAGCCCCUUCUCCUUCUUGCUCACCUUCUGUGCAUAACUUGAACUGUGUUUCUCCUCAUCAGCGCUCCUGCCACCCAUCAGCAUCUCCCACUCCUCCGUCUGAUCACAUUAGUGGGUCAACAGCAGCAGCAGCAGGUGGAGGACUAAUGGGAAGUAACUUGCCCCAGAGGAGGAAUUCCACCUCUUCCUCCCCACACUCCCCCAUUUCCAGCAGUUCCCCAAACCUUAGCCCCCACUUCCCUAAGAACAAGCUAGAAGACAUUUUGGAGCAGUUUAAGAACUCAGGCCACAGCAGAACUAAUAACCACCACCUCCUUGUCCCUACAAACCCCUCAUUACUGACCAACCAAAGCAGCAGCCACCCGCAUGCUCUCUCUUCAAAGCCCUUAAAGACUACUGUAAGUCCCACAGCCAGAUCAGGAUCACCAAGUUUUGGCGUGAACUCUGCAGGGCACUCUACUUUAUCUUGUGUUCCCUUUCCGAACCACCACCACCACUGCAGCCAUCAGAGCAAGCUGCCACAUCCAGCUUCAUACCCUGCUAGUAGCUUACUCUCUGCUGCUGCUAAGUCUCAGCUGGCUACCCAGAUAACCCAGAGCUCAAAUGUGACCUGCAACUCAGUGAGCUUGUCCUCUUCUCUGGAGCAACAGUCAUCAAAGGUAAUAAACAGCACUUUACGUAACAGCCAUCCUCCCUCCCUAAUUUCUUCUACCAGGCCUCCCCGUCCCUCAUUUGCUGCAGGCCCCUCCAUCUUCUUUCCUCCAACCCAUUCUAUUGCCCAGUCCCUGACUUCCUCCUUGCCCCACCUUUCUCUCUCAGUAGAGUGCAAUGCGUCACACAGGAAAAGACAACGCAGAUCUCCCACAGUGCUUAGCAUGCUAAGAGACACCAUUCAGCUCUCCAAUGGACAACAGAAGACCCCACCAGGAGAUACACUUUCUGCUACAGUUAUCAACCUAUCUUCCUCAUCCCCUUCCUUCCCCCCUUCCCCCUCCUUCUCUACCUCAACUGUGCAGAACCAGAAUGUUGUCAUAAUAGGAAACAGUCAUCAUCCCCUUCCUGGGCAGAUGCCAAGGCCCCCUGCUCCCAAACAGAAAGCACAACCUUCAAGGCCUCCACGGCACAAUGAGGCUGUGGAUUUCAUUACAGGUCUGGCACCAUCACCUCUUGGCUUGGAUCCUCCUACACAACCUUUGUCUGCUCUUUUACACCUACUCAGUGUGCAGAAUGCACAAGGGUCAGCCACUGCAUCAACCUCUUCUUCAGCUCAUCCAGGAUCUGUUUUAUCUGAAGGAGGAAACUCUGGAAAACAGAGCCCCAGACUUUCACCGUCACCUUCUGCCCCUCAUCCUUACAUCAGGCAGGCACAGACUGUCUCGCCUGGCCAGACUAGUAACACUAAUCCUCUAUCCAUAGUGUCACAGCAUAUUUCUCCUCCUACUACUUCCUCUGUAUCGGUGCAAUCUCCAUCAUAUAGUCAGUCUGCUAAAUUAAAUCCUCUACAGAAAUCUUCCCCAUCUUCUUCAACAACACCCAACUCACAACUGGCUUUACAUAACAGCAGCAGCCCAUGUCAGCAUAUAUCCCCAACCCCUUUAGACAAGCAUCAACCAACUGAGAACCACAUUCCUGCGAAGAAUUCUGUUUUUCAAGCAGCACUGCAGGAAGCCUCACCACGGGGCACAGUGGCAACAGACGUUGGUAGUAGCAGUGUACCUUCAUCAGUGGAUCUGAGUCUCUCCAAUGACAGUGCUUCAAACAUGGUAUCCAGCUCCCCAAAGCCUCUUGAUCUCAGCAACCAUGUCCUGGCCCUCUUAGCGGCAUCUUCCUCUGUGCCCCAAGGGGAGGGCUGCUCCACAGACAGUGCUGCUGAUAUUGAAAUAUCUUCCCAAGGAAAUCACACAGAAGGGUCAGAGGAGCCUAGGUGCAUGGACAUGAAGAUCUCCAUGGUAACCAAACCCCAAACAGCUGGCAGCCCCGGGCCCACCAACAUUUCCUCUCGUCUUGGUGAUCAUCACAUUCCUCAAACACCAUCAAUUGUAGGUGACUCAACCACUCCCUUACCACUCGCAGAGGCAUUCCCAUUCAUGAACCAAGAGCAGCUGCUUCAGCUUCUAUCAUCCACAGGAGGGGUACCGUCUCUCCUGGACCCUGCGGUCCUGGCAUCAUUGCCCCUAGGUGGGCUGUGGUUGGGAGGUCAACAUGCACAGAUGCCCCCUGCUAAUGCUACACCACAACCACCCCAGAAUCUUGCAGAGCAACAGCAAUCAGAGCAAAAUCAUCAGAUACUGAUACAACAAGAGACACAGCAGCAAAACCAGGAUCAACAACAGAAACAACAACAGAUAAACAACAGUCCUCUGUUUCCAUUGUUGCCCUUGUUAAGUGGUGCUCAAGGGGAGCUGCCAGUGAACCUUUUGGGCCUUCUGAACCCACUCCCAGCUCCAACUUCAGCCUCAGUCUCAGCCUCAACUCCUACCCCAGGACAGGAAACAGACUUGGGACUAUCAGAAAAACCUAGCCUACAGGCUCUGCUUAUGGCAUCAUUGUUACUUGGUCAACAACAGACAUCUUUGUUACCUAUAUCUGGCCUGGCUCAGUUGAGCCAGGUCAGCUUGGAAGAUCCUCUCCAACAGUCACAGCAGAUGCCUACCCCUUUGGAGGGCCUCACCUUAGAUAAGGCUUCAGGCUUCUUGGAUCCAUCAUCAUUACCUGUCCCAGGACUUUUAGAGAUUACACAGGGCGUUCUUCCCAUUCCCCCAGGAGCUGAGGGCUCUAUACAAGCCCUGCAGUCUCUGCUAUUCCCUACUGGUCUCCCCCCCCCUCCUGCAGCCUUCCUGCCCCUCAGCCCUGCCUUGCUCACUGCAGCCCUGGGCUCUGCUGAGCUCCACCCGCCUCCUCACACCCAUUUACUUCCUGCACAGCAAACCCACCAUACCCCACCUCAGGUAUCAACUGAUGCUGGUGUUGACACCCUCAUUCCCCUGUCUCUCCAAGGCAAGGACAGCCCCAAUCAACAUUUACUGCCUACUUUGCUUAAUCCUGCUGUGUUAGGUGAUCUUUCUGCCAUCACAAAUCUCCAUAACAUGUUGGGGAUUGGAGCAGGUUCUAUUCUCCUACCCCCGGUCCAGACCUCUGCUUUAGGAAUGCCUCUGCUGCAGGGCCCUGAUGGAGCCAUCAAUUUGCUCAACGACAUACAGCUAAAUCUUGCACCACCCUCAGAGGGAGAGAAGCCAGUCUCAUUGCCAGAGUCUCAAAGCCCUUCCCCACAGGAAGACUUUCCAGCCAUUCAGAUUUCUUCUGAACUAGUCACCAGUCCUGCUCCAGCUUCUGCUUCUGCCCAAGACCCACCAUCUGCCCCACAGCGAGUAUCUGAGGGAAGGUCUAUUAUUGAUCCCUACACCUCGUUCAUGGACACAAUAUAUACCUCCUUUCUUCAAGUCAAUGCUAAAGAGCAAGAAGACAGGGCCAGUUUGGGGCCCUCUGACCCUACUUCACCCUUCUGUGCCUUACCGCCGGUUUCUUUUCCUGUGGAGCACCAUUCCCAGUCAAACCCUGCCCCAUUGCCACAAGCAAGUGCCCCACUAUCCCUUAGCCCGCGCCGGGCCUGUUCUCUACGCAACCCAGACUUAUCUCGACUCAGCCUGGAAGCAGCGGCCCAUUCUCCAGCCCAGGGGACCCCAAAGCCCACUGAGGAUGGGUCUACACCAACUCUACAAAGAAAACCUGACAUAGUAGAAGGACACACCCACCCAGAGCCUCCUUUGCCACCCAUUUACUUGGAGGAGGCUAAGACAGACUGCACUGGGCCUGCUGCACUUGUAUGCCCCUAUGUGAAGCCAGGGGUAGAUAGGCAGGGGCAUUUCCCUCUUGCAGGAUACCUCAAUCCACUGGAUGGAUGUAGUGUGAGGCCCAAAGAAGAGACUGCUGAUACAUUUCUUCAUACUGAACAGCGCAGGGAUCAAGCAGUAGCAGUGGGUGGAGCAAGAAGAGGAAGGAAAAGGAAACAAACGCUACAGAAUGUGCUAGAAGACUUCAGAGACUUGGAUGCUACAGAACUAGAGGACACCAAGGCUGCGUCAGCACUGCUGAAGCCUGAGAGUUCAGUCCGUGGCAGGAGGCGUCGAGGCGCCAGGUCUCAAAGGCAGUGAUUGGUGGAGAGAGCUGUAAGUCGUAGCCAUACAUCAAUCAAAGGCGGCCAGGCAUCUCUCUUUCCACCUCUCAAUGCUCCAUCAUCAUCACCACUGUUUAGACCUUUCUUUAUGUAAUUCAACUGCACUAUUAUACUGUUGUCAUGUCAACCAUUGUUAUGGCAACCACUAUUAAUAAACACAUAGGAGAGGGAUCUAGUCUGACAAAUUAAUUUAUAAAUGUUUAAAAAAGAUUUUUUUUUUCAAUAUGUUUCACUUAGGUCUUCUCUUAGGUGUAGUUCAAAAAUAAUGGUUGCUUGACAUUGUGAUCAGAGAUCUGUUAAUUAUGGUUGGUGUUAAAAUAAUAUCAAUGAGAAAACUUACAAAAAAAUCAAGUACUGGGCCUCAUUCACCAAUGUCUUCUUAAGAUUUUAUUAAUUUGUUCUUAAAGAAGUUCCUAAAACUGAACUGAACUGUUUGCACCUGUGUGUUUAAAUUCAUGGAUAUCAUGUUCUCUAAAGCUGAAAGUUUGUGCAUGAUUUUCCUAAUAAGCAUUUGUGCUGGACCUUAAGCAUAAGAAAUACUUAGAUUUAUCUAAAGUGGAUGUCAUACUGCUUGAAAUGAAACUGAAAAAGGCCCCUUGGAUCGUAUAUGUAAAUACAUGCUUCAAACAGAUAAAUUGGAUUUAAUCACUUGUUUAGACAGCACUAACCUUAGAAGCAACAUGCAUCAUGCUGUAAUAAGAAAAGAUGUAUUCCAGAUGAAGUGAAAAUAUUGCUUUCAAAAUGAAAACUGUGAUUUAUCUAAGCCUACAUUUACUUAACAAUUGUACGCUCUUAAAUGAUAAAGCAUUAUUUAAAUACAUUGCUCAUGCAGGUGACUCAUGUGAAGGUAGGUAGUUAAAUAAUUUUUAAGUGUUUAAUGAAAAAAGAAUCUCACCAGAGUGCUUAGUUUAUUUAAAUAAUUUAACAUGUUGCUGUAAACAUCAAUCAUUUCAUAUUCAAAUAAAAAUUGAACAUAUUUUGAUAAUGUAUUUAUAAAUGUUACUUAAUAUAAAGUGCUACACUGAUCUAAAAAAAUCAAAAUACAAUUUAAAAAUAACACAUCAUUUUAUGUUCUUAUAGCUAGCAUAUUUGAGUUCUGAAAAGGGUAACAUUUAUAAAUUUAUCCUGUCAUAUCAGGUCUCAAAUGUACAAAAGAGUGCUCUCAAGUGUUUUUACAAAAAUGUUCUUAGUCUAGAAGAAAUCACAUAAGAAGACUUUGGUGAAUGUAAGCAUCUUCUAAAAUCCUGAGAAAAUGGGUUUUUAAGAACAAAUUUCUUCUUAUGAAUGGUUGGUAAAUGAGGCCCAUUCAUGUACUGUUUCCUUCUCAUCAGUGUGUUUCUGUGAGUCAAGAUAAAGCCCAUCUACUUGAAAUAUGUUCUCUAUUGAAAGUGUGUUUGUACCUGUGUGGAUGUAUGUAUGUCUUUCUAUAUGUCUGAGUGUGUGUUGGACAUCAGUGCUAUUACUGAGCCCCUUAAUGCCUGACAGUUUGUUGAACUUAUUUUCAUUAAAUUAUGCCUGCUAUCUUUCAUAGAAAGAUAAAGGGCAUUGGAUAAAGAGAAAGAUGAAGAGCUCUUUACAGGGAAACAUUGUGGUUAAAAUUGGGUGGAAAACAAGAGCAGUCUUAAGGGGUUUUUUUCUCUCUCUCUCUUAACCAGUUUAGUAAAAAACUUUUUUAAUGGUGCAUUCCAAGAAAAUAGUGUGGAUCAUUCUAUCAUGUAAAUUAUGCUGCGUUCAUUUACCUCAGGUGUUGAAGCUAGGAGUGACAUCACACUCAAGCUGAAUGCAUUCCAGUUACUACAACUUGGUAACUUGUGGAACUGAAGUUGCUCCAAGUUACCGAGUUGGAAUUCUGAGUUCAGGGCGCAUUUGUUAUGGCAUAUCCGGCAUCUCAGAAUGUCCAAGAUUAACUGGAAUGCUCCAUUAGAACACCAGGAAACAACUUUUAAUCAUGAUUCAGAAUCUCUCUUAAGGUUGUACAAAGAAAAUUAAAAAAAAAUAAAUAAAUUCUUUGUGCAACUCUUUGAGUCAGGUCAAAACACAUCAGUGUACAACAGAUCCGGAAACUUAAGGUUUUGUGACAAUGUGAAAUCACUUGACUAUAUAGUUAAAAGUUCAUGAAAUAUCCUUGACAAAUUGCAACCACCUCUUAACCUCUUAAUUCUUUUUGGGCAUAAAUUGUUACUUUUUUUUUUUUGGGGUGGGGGGGGGCUCUUGUAAAAUGUUUAACAUAAAGGAUAACAUUAAGCUGUUCAGAAUCUGUUGAACUAUUGAAACCUGCCCACUCCCACACUAUCACCCACUUCCCCUGGCAGAAGACAAGUGUCUGGAUUGAAGUAUAGAGUUUUACUUUGUAACAUUUUCAGAUAUCCCGAGUUUGUACAAAGUAAUGCACCGAAUUCCCUUUGGUUACUGAAGAUAAUGGCAUCACUUCAAAACAUCACUUCAGAAAGCAAUGUUUUAUGUGGAUUUGUUGAGUCCCUGUGUUAUUGUGGAUUUACAGAAAUAUUCUCCCUGUUUUUCCUCAUUUCACUGUUUGAGCUCUCCACAUGCUGCCCUGCCCCAAGAAUACUGGCAUCUCUGGCUGUAUUUAAAAACGAAUAAAGUGAAAAUGAAAGCGGAAUAUGCAAUUUCUACACUAGGAGAUUUGUAUAUAUGUACAGUUAAUGUGUUUUAUUUUGAUUUAUAUUGUUAGAGAAAGAGACAAGAAAACAAUGAAUUGUGAAUUUUUCUGGGAUUUGUAAUUAAGUAUUUUUCUCAUUCUACCCCCUGCUUUCAAUACUUAUGUUAAAGAAGAUGAUUAAAUUGUGGACUGUAGCUUUCUUUUUAUAUGGGAGGUUUUUUUUUUUAUUUAAUAUUAAA